AUGAACCAGGACUCACAUCUCGCACUCGCAGACACAGAGAUUUUGAAUGCUUUGAGUUUUCUCAUCAGCAAGCAUUCAAAUAUUAAAAAGAAAUUACUGACAAAUGAAGUAUUUGUCCCAGGUCAAGAAAAAAGACUCAAUAGAAGCUCUAGUUCUUCUAUCUUAGAAUCUCUAUCUACAGACUCUGAAAGCUCUAUAUCUCACUCUUUUGAGCUCAGACAAAGGAAAUCGGCAUCAAGCCGCUCUCGUGCAUCAUCAGUGGCUAAAAAGAGCCCUAAAGUUUCUGUAUAUUUAAUUAAAUUAUAUUAAUUAAUUAUUCAUAAUACAAUUUUAUAUAAUAAGCCUUAGGGAAAUCAAUUAAGUAUACUAUAUAUUCUAUAGAUCAAUACUACACAAUAGACACAGUUUUUUCUUCUCUAGUAGAAAAAUACAUGGGCACCUCAUGAAUUAAGCUUUCUGACAGCGGCCCAGAAAUUCAUAAAACUGCUAUUAGACAGUUCUUCUUAGAUUGCUACGUCUGUGAUCAAAAUUUUAUGAACUUAGUUCUCCACCCGUUGAUUUCUAAAGAGUGAAUUAAUCUUGACGAUUUCACAAAAUCAAUAGAAGGUGCUAGCAAAAUAUCAAGUUUUGGGCUAUUUAAUAUAAAUCUAUUAAAAUCUACAGAAAAGUCAAAGAGAAGAUCUUAUAUGUUUUUCUCAAUUAAAUUUCUGUUUAAUCUGCUAAUUAAUAUUUUAUUUUACAAUUAAAAUAGAUUAUUGAUAUUUAUAAACCUUUCUAUAUAUAAUUUCAUACAAAAUAAAUUUGCCAGGAUGCUGUGUAAGAAAUAUUUAGUUUACUUUAGAUUUGUUGAGCAUGAAGCUGGAAAUGGCUUAGGAAGAGACAGUUUAUAUAGGGUUUUAGAUAUGGCUGAUAAAAGAGCAAGACCUCAACUGGAAAUGUGGGUAGACAUGCUUAUGAAAAAAGCUAGCCAAAUCAGAGGUUACCAUAAAGAAAAAAUUAGUUUCAAUGAAUUUAGGAACCUAAUGAGUGAAGGUGUGUUGUAA